CCGCAGGCAUUCGCUCGCAGCCAACCGGCAAAUCCCACACAGAAAUAUUUAACAUGUUAUAAUGGUGAUUUGGCAACAAAAACAAGUGACAGUAGACAGUUGGAAGGAUAUUUACAGGAUGAAGAGGGGAUUAGAGGAAGAGAUCCACGGGACACACAGCGGCCUUUAGUGGCCCCUGGAGGCCUGGGGCCUCCAAGUCAUUUCCUGCUUGUCCUGGCAGACGAUCCAGCUUUGUGUGUCUGAAUAACUCUGCAUUUUGAGAUUUGAGGCGUUACUGCCACACAGUGGACACUUGUCCAAAGACUCCAUAAUAAAACUGUAAUACAGUGUGGGAUCAAUAGUCUUGUUGUUUGUUUUGCUUUCACACCUCAAGUAUUCAACCAUCUUUAAAAAAAUUACAUGUAUUUAGACAUUUCUAUUUGCCAUCUGUCUGCCCACUCCUCACUGUAUUCAUGCUGCGAGGCUGCAGUUCAUGUACUACUUCUACUACUACUACUACUACUACGGCAUCUUACUUCAUCUAUUCCAUAAGAGCAGCAUGCUGCUGUCCAUCCUUCGCUGACUCCCGAUGGGCAGGUUGUCCUCCAGAGUCACGUGGUCACGCGGGAGCAUCCUUUGCACAAACCGCCACGGCUGCGAGGCGCGUCUUCGCUCCGUGGGUUACUGCGUGGACCGAUCCCGCCUCCUUGUUUCGGUUUCGGUCCCCUCACCUCUCCUCCACGCCGCUGGACUGCCCUCGGAAAUCGCAGGUUAUGCCACCCCAAAGCCUUCCUGGAUCCCCGGCCGUGAAAGAGAAGGGCUGAUCCCUGCCCCCCCCCCCCCAGGCUCUCGCUGCUCUGCACCCAUCUCCCCCUCCUUCCCGCUCUGGCCUUUUCCCCUCUCCAACAGCACUGACCCCACCCGACCCCCACCCACACCUGUAAGACUGUCCGUCCUGACACAUCCCUCCCCGGAGCAACUCCGUACUCAGUGUCUUCCUUCAGUGAAACUGCAGCCACACUCUCUACUCCUCAGGCCGGGCCCCAUGGCUACAGGAGGUCAGGCCCCAGAGGUAGAUGUGGUGGACAACCUGCAACAGGUAAAGGUGGAGGAGGAAGGUGAUGAAGGAUCAGCAGAGGAAGCGGAAGGAGAAGAGGAGGAGGAAAACUGGGAGAAAGCCUUGUCUGUGGAGCGCUUUGGAGACAUCAUCAGUGAUUGUGCUUCCACCACUGGAGACCGGAUGGGCCGCCACUACACCGAGAAAGACUUUGAAAAUCACAGACACACUUUUCACCACACGCACCACCCCUUAUCCACCCACCUGCCCCUGCCCCAGCGACUACGCAAGAGGGUGCACAGCAUGGACAGAAGGCGCAAAAAGAAACGGAAGAAAAAAAAGACCUCUCUGCCCCCCUCCGACGUUACGCCCACCAUCCACGAGGUAGACGAGGAAGAGGCCGAGUCUGACGGACCCGGAGUGGCUGCCACACCCACGGAGCUACCUGAUACCCAGCCACAGUUUAGUUUGGGGAGCCAAGAGGACUCUGAGGAACCGCUUCCCCACGCCGCCUUCCACACGGAAAACGAAGCGCAUCCAUUGUCCAGGAAAACCUCAUCGAUUCUGAUACAGAAGGAGGCUCAUGAUGUGGGAAAUGCACCCAAUGAGCAAGUGGAUGGAGAGGAACGUGAAGCUGGCAAUAGUGUGCCCCAAGGAUCAGAUCCUGUAAGCUCUACCACAAACCGCACCUGGCUCCGGAGGAAGCCCGUCCACCAUCGUCUGGUGGGCGCCCAGCGCAGCAACUAUGACCUGCGGGAGCGGAUCUGCAUCGGCAGCAUGACUGCUCUGGAGACGGCGGUCUACCAGCAGGUGCCCACCGAUGAGGCCGAGGCCCAGAUGCUGGCCAGCGCCGACCUGGAUGACAUGAAAAGUCACCGAUUUGAAGACAACCCCGGGGUGAGACGCCACCUGGUGAAGAAGUCAUCGCGGUGCCUGGUGACCCGAUCCAACAGUUCCACACCCCUAAGCAGCCUGAAAAAGAAGAAGAGAGCCGCGGAGAAGAAAACCCACGAGUUGUUUGUGGAGCUGAAUGAGCUGAUUGUGGACAAGGACCAUGACAUGCGUUGGAAGGAGCGGGCCCGCUGGAUCAAGUUUGAGGAGGACGUGGAGGAGGAGACGGACCGCUGGGGCAAACCCCACGUGGCUUCUCUCUCCUUCCGCAGCUUGCUGGAGCUUCGGCGCACCAUCACGCACGGGGCCGUCCUUUUGGACCUGGAGCAGAACACUCUGCCCGGCAUCGUCCAUCUUGUGGUGGAGACGAUGAUCAUUUCUGACCAGAUCCGAGCUGAGGACAGACCCGGAGUUCUCCGGGCCCUGCUUCUCAAACACAGCCACCCGAGUGAUCUGAAACACCGUUUCCUGCGCCACCACUCAUCCAGCAGUCUUCACGGCAGCUUCAAUCUCAACAACGUCCAGGAAACCAGUCUGCCACUGGUGGCUGAAGAGCAGGAGGAGCACCAAGAUGUCAAAGGGGGGGUGUACGACCCAAAACAAGACGUGUUCGUCAGCCUGUUUAAAAACCUCCACCCGUUGCCCCCUGAGAGCCAUCCGGCUGCGGCCAGAUCGAUGAAACUCCUCGCCAAGAUUCCCAAAGACGCCGAAGCUGUCAUUGUUUUAGUUGGCUCUGUGGACUUCCUGGAGCAGCCCGCCAUGGCCUUUGUCCGGCUGAACGAGGCAGUCCUUCUGGAGUCCGUGCUCGAGGUCCCCGUCCCUGUCCGCUUUAUUUUCGUCCUGCUUGGUCCAAGUCAGUCCAACUUGGACUAUCAUGAGAUCGGACGCUCCUUCUCCACUCUCAUGUCCGACAAGAACUUCCAUGAGGUGGCCUAUUUUGCAGAUGACAGACAGGACCUCCUGAAUGGAAUCAAUGAAUUCUUGGACUGUAGCAUCGUCAUCCCACCCUCGGAUGUGGAGGGUAAAGACCUCCUGAAGACUGUGGCUGACUUCCAGAAGCAGAUGCUGCGCAAGAGGAAGGAAAGAGAAGUCAAGAAGCAUCACUCCUCGUGUGGAAUGGAGCUCAACAACAAAGAGGUGAUUGCAGAGGAGGAGGAGGAGGAGGGGGACCAGGAGGUGGACCCACUAAAGCGCUCAGGGGUCCCGUUCGGAGGCCUGAUCCACGACAUCCGCCGGCGUUACCCACUAAAUGUCAGCGACCUGAAGGACGCCGUGGACAUGCAGUGCAUCGCUGCCGUGAUCUUCAUCUACUUUGCUGCACUGUCGCCCACGAUUACCUUUGGAGGCCUGCUGGGAGAAAAAACACAGGGAAUGAUGGGAGUGACUGAGCUCAUCGUGUCAACGGCAACUCUGGGAAUUAUAUUCUCGCUUCUUGGAGGUCAGCCUCUCCUCAUCAUAGGCUUCUCAGGACCAUUACUGGUUUUUGAAGAAGCCUACUACAAGUUCUGUCAGGCCCAAAACAUCGAGUACCUAACUGGCCGUGUGUGGAUCGGUUUCUGGCUCAUCUUCAUUGUGCUGCUGAUUGUGGCAGCGGAGGGAAGCUUCCUUGUUCGUUACAUCUCACCGUUUACACAGGAGAUUUUCGCUUUCCUCAUCUCUCUUAUCUUCAUCUAUGAGACUUUCUCCAAACUCUUCAAGGUCUUUAAGGAGCAUCCUCUGCUGGCAACGUAUCCCAUUGAUUUAACUGGGACUGGGAAUCACGAGGUUGACGCCCCAAUCUACAACCAGCCCAACACGGCUCUUCUGUCUCUGGUUCUCAUGAUAGGCACUUUCUUUGUUGCUUUCUUCCUCAGAAAGCUCCGAAACAGUCGUUUCUUGGGUGGCAAGGCCAGAAGAAUCAUUGGUGACUUUGGCAUCCCCAUCUCAAUUUUAGUUUCAGUGUUGGUGGAUUACUCCGUGUCUGACACUUACACACAGAAACUCAAUGUGCCGUCGGGCUUCUCAGUCACCUCCCCGGAUAAGAGGGGCUGGCUCAUCAGUCCCUUUGGGGACAAGAAACCGUUCCCUACCUGGAUGAUGGGAGCAUCCGUUGUACCUGCCAUUCUUGUCUUCAUUCUGAUUUUCAUGGAAACCCAGAUCACUUCCUUAAUAGUCUCUAAGAAGGAGCGUCGCCUCGUCAAAGGCUCAGGCUUCCACCUGGACCUCCUUCUCAUCGUCAUUCUGGGGUCCAUCUGUCCUCUUUUCGGCCUGCCGUGGCUCACCGCGGCCACAGUGCGCUCCGUCACUCACGUCAACGCCCUCACAGUCAUGAGCAAAGCCACGGCGCCGGGCGAAAAGCCCGAGAUCCAGGAGGUGAAGGAACAGAGAAUGACGGGGCUUCUGGUGGCGGUUCUUGUCGGUAUGUCCAUCGUGAUGACAGACGUGCUCCGCCUCAUCCCUCUGGCUGUGCUCUUUGGCAUCUUCCUGUACAUGGGGGUCACCUCCCUGACGGGCAUCCAACUGUAUGAACGCAUCACCCUCAUGGUCACGCCCGCCAAGCACCACCCUGACCACAUAUACGUAACCAAGGUGAAGACGUGGCGAAUGAACAUGUUCACCAUCAUCCAGCUGGCAUGCAUCGUGGCCCUGUGGGUGGUGAAGUCCACGGAAGCCUCCCUGGCGUUCCCCUUCGUCCUCAUCAUGACGGUGCCGCUUCGCCGCCUCAUCCUCUCCAGGAUCUUCGAGGAGCGCGAGCUGCAGGCGCUGGAUUGUGACGAGGAUUCUCCCAACUUCGAUGAAGAUGGCCGAGACGAGUACAACGAGAUUCACAUGCUUGUGUGAAUAUGAAAUUGGGCAGGUGUGGGUUCCUCCGGCUCCGACCAAUCAGAUCAAGCCUCUCCAGAAACCUCAGUGUCUGCGUAGUGGUGACAGAAGCCAGAGGAGCAGCAGUAAUGGUGUUUGUAUCGUAAAAUAUACAAAAGCUACAGCUGGAUGUUUGUCUCUUACCUUCUCCUUUCUAUCUGUGGAACAGAGCAAAUCUAGCAAAGAAAUGUCAUUUACAUCAACACUUAUGUAACUUUUCAUCCUGUCUAUCCCUUUAAUUACUCUGCAGGUUAUGGGAAUAAGUGCAAUGAUGAUGAACAUGUAGGGCUAAAACAGACUGGAUCACUUUAACUUGUUUUUGAGCAGAAAGGCUUGAUUUGCUUUCAUUUUCAUUUUCAUCCAGGCAGCGGAUUUUCAUCAAAAUGCGUAACGAUGAUCUGAAACUGAAUCUCUGUGAGCCCGUGUAGUUCAGCUGCCCCUUUGUCGCUUUGUACUCCUGCCCUUGCCUAUAGGUUGCAACGAUGUGCAAACAAGACGUUAAGUAGUCCUUUCCCUUUUUGUACAGACCUUCAGUAAUGAGCACUUUCACUGGGCAAAAGUUCACUCUAGUCCUCCUCUCUAAAUGUAGUCUUCCCUUGAAGCCAGACGCUCCAGAGACUGUGCAAGCCUCUCCAAGGGGUGUUUUAUGCUCAACAUACCGGUCCACUGACCCCUCCAUGGUAACCUUGGAUGUAAAAGUAAAGAACUAAAAUGGUCUCAACCUUAUUUUUCUACUCUGUAGUAUCUAUUUAUUUUGUGACCUUUUGUACUCAAAGCCAGACUCCCGGUGAUGUUUAGACUUCCAAUAGCUCAAAAUGCUAUAAGAAUUAUUGUAACACUGUAAAUAGAGGGGAGACCUUCAUCCAUUAUUCUUUCCUCUUCUCAGUAAUGUUUCCACUUGGCGGAGGCCGUGAUGAAUAAUACAGUAAGAGACUCGGCAGCAUACACACUGAGUUCAGGGUUGGCAGGACGUGUGAGUAAUGCACAGCGCAGCCUGGAAUCCCCAUGAAAACCCACCUCCCAUACAGUGAGCCCACUAUAGAGCUCACAUGACACUGCCACACAAGUCAAACCAUUCUUCAUGAGAGACUCAACACGUCGAGUGACGCUCUUAUUUAUGAAGAAGAGGAAGACGUUGAUGUGAUCUUGGCUUGAGGGCCUUGGAGUUAGACUCCACUCGCUUCAGAUGUUUCAUUCCAGAGCGUUUGAUGUGUGGCGUAUUAGGUGUUGAAUGGGAAGCACAAGAAGGUUUCUGCACACUGUCACGAUUUUCCGAGUUCAAUAUUUUGUGUAUAAAAAUGUGAUUUUCUUACAGUAUGCACGGCCCUUCUGGCUUCUGUCCCUGCACCUUUGACAUUUCUGCUUUUUCACCUCUGCACUGUAUCAGCUUCAAUGGUAAAUUCAUUUUAGGUAGAAUCAGGAAAAAGACAAUGUGUGGCAGCUGAAGUUGUUUCUGUAAAUACGUAUUAAAUAUGGAAAACAUGUUUUUACCUGAUAAUUAUUCAAACUUUUGCAUGUAUACAAUCGACUACUGAAAACUCUAAAGUGUCAGGGUCAUCGGUGUAGUUUGGUUUUUGUACGCUAACCAUUAGCUUAGAUUAGCAUCUCAUUUGAGUUAACCAUGUCCUACAUUAUGAGCCAUACAAGAGUUCUGUCUCAGGGGAAACUGACCUUCGAUCUGUAAAUAUGGCUUGCGAGCCUUUAGUUUGUCGCCUUGUGUGCACAUGGAACGCUCCAGGCGAAAAUAUUGAGCUGAACAGGCUUUUUGUGUAAUAUAAUGGAGAAAAAGAAUGAAAGUCAAGAGAAUAAUGUGUAUACUUCACCAAUGUGGCAUGGAAUUAUGCAGAAAACCAAUCCUGCGUCGUUGAACUGACCCUCUGAUGUGCAGCUGCAGGUUCAUGACCCGCUAGGGGAGUCAUUUCAAAUACGCUCCAUGGACCUUUACACCAUGUGUCACAUUUCAGAGUUUACAAAGACUAGAAGAGCAAACUGAGGGCAAAGAAGCUGAUACGUAUAACUCUGUUAUAUAAAUCCAUCACUCUUGGCCCCACUGAGGUUGAAUGUAAAUGUUUGGAAUCCUGGAUCUUCAGUCACAUGAAUAUUGUGUGUCAGAUUGAGCUUAUUCCAACAUAUUCCAACAACAGCUAUUGAAUGCAGGAAGAAGACUUUGACAGUUGAGCACACACGAGAUGCUACGUGCCAGAUUUAUCCAACCAAAAGAAUCCCCCUAAAUUAAACUCAUCUAAGGUUAUAUUGCUUCUUUCUUUUGAAUUGUUUGUCAAACAGUGACAUGUAACCAGUCUCAUACAUGUUUUCAUCAAGCUCCUUGACUAACUUAGCUUUCUACCAUCUGCCACGUAUUCAAUUGUAAUGGGGAAAAUUAUUUUUUUACCGGCAAAUUUAAAAUAACAAUUUCUAAAACGAUAUUUGGUUUAAGCUUUUACAUGCCUUCCAGACCCCGUGUUUCCAUACUGUUAAGUAUGGCAGAAUACUAAUACGUAGUUUGUAAAAUGCUGUUUGUCCAAAAUACAAGGAUUCAGUCAAAAUGCUGCAAAGGGGUCAAAGUUCAAGGUCCAACGGUCAAAUGAACACAAUGUACUAAAACAAAACUGAAAAAGGAUGUGAUUUGGAGGGCAUUGUGUGUUUUAAACAUCUUUCCCUGUUGCUACACGAUAAAAAGCCCUGCCCCCCCCCCCCCCCCCCCAGAGCAGACAGUGGGAUAGAAACUUUAAGGCCACUUUAUUUAAAGGUAAUAACCAAAACGUCAUAUAUUUAUUUUUCUUGUGGCGUAUUUUUAUUACAUCUCACAAGAUGUUAUGACAAAGUAGUAUGUCCUGAUUAAAUGCAUACUGCAUGCACCGGUGCAUAUUUUCUACAGCUAGAUGCAGUAUUUAUAUGAGAUUGUAAAGAUAAAUGUGACUUUUUAUUGAAUGAUGAACUGUAACUUCAUUUCCAAAUACCUUGAACAAAAUGCAGAGGUCAUGUGACCUCUGCAGCCCCGGUCAGCCCUCUUCACUCAUCUCACAAGUCCUGCUCUGUGCUUUGCCUCUUUUAUGCCCCUUUGAUGUUGACUCCAGGACAAUUUAACUGACCCGGAGUAUCACCUGUUAAGAACAUUUUAAUUGUGACCGUAAUAGCUGGACUUUUCUAUUUCUUGUAUUGGCGGCCCGAUUGACACACUCAAGGCCUCAGGCCGCUCAAACUAGAGCACAGUUGUGUUAUUGAUUGACUGCCACAUGUGACCUUUAGCACGGACGAAUAUUCACACAAACGGACUCGGACUUAGGUGGUAUCUGCCAUUUGAGUCCAGUUGAAAUCACAAGCAAAAGCUAUUUGGUGAGCUUUUAGACGAGUCCUUUUGCAGAGUCUUUGUCCUUUGAUGUCUGACGAUACCAAACUGCUCCAAACGUCCACGUGCUCUUGUUGUGGCAGGAACCCCUGACCCCACCAGGGAGCUAUUCUUAGCCAAACAUCCCCUCGUUGUUUGCACAAGAGGAAAAAGGGGAAUUGUGGGUAUAGAUAACAAGAAGCGUGGUGCUGCCACUCUCUCGCGUCUCGGUGCUACAUGUUAAAAUGAAAAGAAAAACAGCUCAAGAAGUUCUGCCGUGCGCGUGCACCACCGGGGUCGCAGGGCAGACCACCCACCCAAAUCUAACACCUGGCCCCUCAUAUUUUUCUUUGGUUCAACUAAAGGCGUCUGGCAAUCUGUUCUAGCGUGUUAGGUUCAUCAUUUAGGUAUAAAUCUAAUAUCUGUGCAGCUUGUUCACAGUGACAUGCGAGCACUGAAUUACAGUUCAGAAUGUCUUUGGGCUGCUGCAGAAAUGCUAUUCAUGUUUCUUUAAUUUCACUUUAGAAGGUUUAAUUUCACUGUUGUGACAUGUUUGUUCAUUUAAAGUUCAUGUAAAGCCAUAUUCAAUAAAAAGCUGCAGGAAGUGACUUUGGAGAGCAACAUGGCCAUUCCAUUGGUCUGUUGGAGUUUGUUUGAUGCCUCGUUGGUUACUUCAUGGAUCAAAAUCAGUUUUACAUUUUCAGUGAGAUUGAUGCUAGGAUGGAUUUCCAGUUUUCUGAAAGGUGAUUAUAGCUGAUAUUAAGCAUUGGUACGUGGAGUUCUGCAUUGUUUUGAUGAAGAAAAUAACUCUUGAUGUAGGAGGAGCAGAUGUAAAAUACAGUAUGUUUGCAUUUGUAACACAGGAUGAAACCUAGUAUGUGUGGCUACUUAAAUACAUGGUCCAUCUCUCUAUAAUGAGGUGUUCAAUCAACUGUAAAACAUUAUUUUUUGUCUUGAAUAAAAGUUUAUUGUGGUUCAAAUGAAAAGAGCUCUUCAUAUUUUAUGGUCAGUAUAAAAAAAAGAUAUCUGCAAUAGAGAUUACUCAAGCAUGAAGUUGGUGUCAAACAGUGCAGUCAAGCGUUACGGUUUUAUUUUCCUCUACUCGCUGAAGGGGCCACACGGACUUCAACAUACAUGAGAGAAUAAUGAGUUACAGAGAGUUCAGACAUUCACAGCCAAGUGUACGUUGUACCCACAGUUCUAUUUGCAGUGUCUAUGACUGACGGUGAUCUAUUAGC